GUAAGAGCUUUUAAAGUACGGGUAAUCCGGAUUGUAGGACAAUCUCUAUGAAAGAAGUAGAUAUAUACUAGUUUGUGAUUCUACUUGAGGACAGUUGUUACCUUAGUCUAUUGCAUUCAGCUCCAUCUGCUCCGCAUAACUCGGCAAAUCCAUAACCAAUCUUUUUUGUUGCCUUUGCUUCCCCACAGGAAAAGGUGACCCAUUUUGCACAGUAAGGCGGGACGAAGUUUUUAUACUUCAAAAAAAUUGUUUAAUAUAUUGGGUCGUAAAUCACCAACGUUAAACAUUAUCGAAGUCAUUUCCCCCCGUAUAUACAUCCGGAUACUCUAUAUCCUCCUUUCUGGGCCAAUCCAUUGACCGUCUAGCUUGAGAUAAGCCGCAUUCCUUUGAUUCGUGUCUGUGAAACGUUUAUAUUGAGUUUCAGAUCAUUCCUACAUUCCUUUGCUUGACACUGAUAAUAAAAAUUGAUCUCGACCUUUAAUUGCCCGAAAUAUUUAUCUUCAAUCCCCUUUUCACGUCAUGACUCGUUAUAACUUCACCAUGGAGUUGUUCAGGAACUAUGACGGCAACCCGUCCUCUUCGUCCUCUACACGCCCUGUAACGCCGCCACAAGACCCACUUGAAUUCCAUAAUAUUCAACAACUUUCUACACCACCUUCUAAUAAUGUGAGUCCUAAUUAUACCUAUGAUCAAGAUGAUUACUUUCAAUAUAAACAGAAAUCGCUGAUACAGAUGGAAUAUCCAAGUGCCAAGAUACAUAACAUCUCUACAAUCAUUGAUGAACCUUCACCUUGUGGUGAUAAAAAUUCAUUUGUAUCACCAGUGGAACCUGAAGAUUCUAUGGGAUUUCUUGAUACUAAGGGAAGAAGAGGAUCUAUAAUUCCUUCCAAUGUCCCCACUUCAGUCAAUACUCCAGUAUCAGACGAUAAAUCUUAUAUCCCACUGACAGCUCCAUACAAGUUUCUUUGUGUUGACGAUAAUUCCAUUAAUCUCCGAAUCUUAUCGAAACUUUUAUCCAAGCUUUUCCCACAAUCCUCGAUAGAAACCACCACAAAUCCUUUGGAAGCAUUGAAAAUGAUUGAUAAUAAAUCGUAUGAUAUGUGCUUUCUUGACAUUGAAAUGCCAGAAUUAUCCGGCAAGGAAUUAGCUGAACAUGUUCGUAAAACCAACCUGAAUUUAGGAUUAAUCGCUGUGACUACUCGUGCAGGCUCGCAAGAUGUCAGAGAAUAUGAGAAUUUGGGUAUUGAUACCACCUUUGCCAAGCCUUUACGCUAUUCAUACAGUCUUAUCAUGGACUCCAUAGAGACUGUGAUUACCAGAAGAUCAACCCCUGCCUAGACUAGAAGAUGCAAUUAAUAAGCAACGCCAUUAAUAAUCUAACGACCACCCCAUAUGGCUACCGCUACCGCGACCGCCACCGCCACCACAUACAUAUAUCCCAAGAACGCGUCAGUGUUCUUGGUUACUGCCUACCAUAUUAACGAUAAUACUUUUUAAUUCCUUCUCAUGAUUUUUUUUAUUUGGUACUAACGCGUUUCAUUAGUUACGAAUACUAUGUACAAUAUUUAUAGAUGCAACGGUUACUUGCAAAUGUCUUGGAAAAAGACUUCAGUAUAAUACAAUAGAAGGGGAAAUACCCAUCUACUUUUUAUUUAAAUCCAUGUAGUAAAGUAAU